AGUUGUGUGGACAGGUGAAGCUUGAACAAUAACAAAACCACAUUUUACAUGUAGAAUCAAUGCGAUUGAUUAGGACCUGCAAUGAUCCCUAUGUGCUCAAGUUCCAAGGAUAAGAAGGGUUUAGCAGAAGUACUACCUGAUUGCAUACAGACCAGUAUUGUAUUACAGUCUGAAUUUAAAAUUGAAGACAGUAAAGUACCACAAUUAACUUUAGUUCAAUAGAAUCUGCUGCAUCAAUAAAAAAAACUAUACUGGUAACAACGAUAUGGAUGCACAAUUGUGUUUAAAUGAGGAAGUGCUGGUGAAAGAAGAAUACACCACAGAGGAUAGUUCAGAGACGAAGAGUUCAAUACAUGAAUACAUGGAAAAUGAUAAUUUCAAUCUGAUAUCAAGUGACCCAGUUAAGUCAGACAAACCCAAGAAAUUAUCAGGUGCACAGUUCAGGAAAUUGCGUAUGGAAAAGGAAAAGAGAAAAAUCAAAGAGGAAACAACUGCACAAGUGUCAGAGGAAAAUGAAGAUAGUUCUGAAUCUGUAAAUCGAUUGGAGUGCUUGGAUAAUAAACAGUCAACAUUUAAUAUUAUUUGCAAUGAAGAAGAAAAUCUCAAAAGAAAAGCCAAGAAUGUGUCAGGAACAAAGAAGAGAAAGACAAGACUGCCAAAAGAGAAACCCAAGAAACUGUCAGGUGCUCAAUUCAGGAAGCUUAGAAUGGAAAAGGAGAAGAGGAAAAUGGAAGAAUUGCAAAUUGCAAUAAAAGAAGUGUUUUUUAAAGGCCAAAUGCCUGUACCACUGGAAGGGGAGGAAAAUGAUGAUAGUUUAGAAAAGAUUAGUCCAAUAGAAGAGUACUUGAAAAUUGAACAGACUGAAAUUAACUUUCUAACAAAUGAUACAGAGAGGAGAAUCUUCGGCUCAUCGGAUUCGCAUUUUAUGAAAUCGCAAGUGAUAAAAGAUAGUAUUUCGGAAUGCAUAAGUCCCAUACUGGAGGAUGGCGCAGGGAAUGAGCAGUUGAUGAGUGUCUUAUCAAACGAUCCAGGUACGUGGCCUGCCAAAAUCGAUGCUCACACUGCGCGAAUGUUAACGGAGAGAGGUCCGUUUCAAGUGAAGGACUUUGAUUUUCCUUGCUCGUCGACCGGUAGAAAGUUCUCUAAAACCUAUUACUAUCGACAACUGCCAAACGGUGAAGAGAUUCCUCGCGAUUGGCUCAUCUAUUCGGUAUUAAACAAUUCAGUGUAUUGUUUCUGCUGUAAAGUUUUUGGUGAUUACAAGAAACGUUUAUCGUACCAAAUCGGAUGUUCCGAUUGGCAGCAUUUGACUUUCUCAAUGGUACGACACGAGAAAAGUUUGACGCACAAUGAAAAUAUGAAAUCGUGGAUUGUCCUGAAAAAGUCGCUGAAGAGCAAAACGGAAAUCGAUACUUUGCAGCAACGAGUUUUAGACGGGGAGAAAAAGCAUUGGUACGCGGUGAUCGAGAGGAUUAUCGCGAUCAUACGUUAUCUGGCCAGUCAAGGUUUGGCGUUUCGUGGAUCCUCUUCGAACACAUUGUUUGAUGAUGAUAAUGGUAAUUUCCUUAAAGCCAUCGAGAUGAUCUCCAGGUUUGAUGCCAUCAUGCUCGAGCACAUCAAUAGAAUCGAGAGAUCUAAGGAUGAACUCUGCAGUACGCCUAACUAUUUAGGAUACCAAAUACACAGUGAGAUUAUAAAUAUUGUUGGAUUGAAAAUAAAAGAUACUAUUUUGAAUAUGAUUAGGAAGUUUAAGUAUUUCUCCAUAAUCUUAGACUGCACACCGGAUGAGAAUAACGUGGAGCAUCUGGCCAUUAUUAUUCGAUUCGUGUCUUUGAACUCGAAGCAGGUCGAAGUGCGGGAACAUUUUCUCGGCCUUUGUCCAAUGACAGAUUCAAGUGGCGAAGACUUGAGUGCUUUCGUAUUACGCGAACUUCUGGCGCUCAACUUGAACAUUUUCGAUAUACGUGGACAGGGUUACGACAAUGGAACGAGGAUGAGAGGCAAACAUAGCGGAUUUCAAGCUAAAAUAAUGAAGAUAAAUCCGCGCGCCUUUUUCGUUCCGUGCUCUGCGCAGAGUUUGAAUGUCCUCGUCAAUGAUACAGCUAGCAUUUCCUACGAAACCAUCAACUUUUUCGGUUUGGUGCAAGAGUUAUUCGUGUUUUUGUGCGGAUCGACGAAGAGAUGGGCCGUUCUGGAAAGACACGUUGUCAAUCUGAAUUUGAUGCCUUUCCGCGAUGAUACAAGGUGGUCGAGUAGAAUGGACGCUAUGAAAUUGUUGCGAUACGAUAUUGCGCUAGUCUAUGAUGCUUUGGUGGAAAUUGCAGAUGAUAAAUCGCAGGAUUUCGAUACGAAUAACGCGGCGCAUUCGUUAGCACUGAAGAUCUCAAACUACAAGUUCCUGUGCUGCAUCGUAACUUGGUACAAUGUCCUAUACGAAAUCAACGUUGUUAGCGAGAUGAUACAAAAUGAAAAAACAAAUAUAUCCAGUUGCCUUACCUCAUUGAGGAAUUUAGCUACGUUCUUAACGAACACACGCACCGACAACGAUUUUGGAGAGAUGCUGACGUUAGCUUCGGAUCUGGCCAAGAAUUUGGAUGUGGAACCAAAGUUAUGUGCGACGGAGAUUGCAAAACCGCGUAGAAAAAAGCGCAAAGCAGAUGCCGAGAGUAACGAUGACCCAAUAAUAUCUGAUCCGGUGUUGGAUUUCAAAGUGAAUUUUUAUAAUUUCAUCCUGAACCAAGCCUUCACCUCGAUCAUCGACAGAUUCCAAACGUUGUACAGUUAUAACGAAACGUUCGGAUUUCUGUAUAGAAUCGUGGGAGCGAGCGAGGAAGAACUCCAGCAGUGCUGUAAAAAUUUGCAUUUAAAACUAUCGCAUGAACAGCGAAACGAGUCUGAUAUUGAUGGAGCAGAGUUAUUCGACGAAAUCAAAACUUUGAAGCGCUACCUAAACUGCACCGAGGAUAUGAACCCGCAGGAUAUUUUGCAGUAUAUUUUUGAAAAUAAUCUUCAGGCGACGUUCCCCAAUGUCUUCAUUAGCUUAAGAAUAUUAUUAACUUUGCCUGUGACCGUUGCCACCGUUGAACACUCAUCCUGCAAGCUUAAUACUGUAAAAAAAUACUUGAAGUCAACAAACGCGCAGGACGAACUCGAAACUGUUUCCAUAAUAUCUAUGGAGCACGACGUUUUGGACGGCGUCGACUUGCACGAUACAAUAUCCGAAUUCGCUUUGAGCAAAGCUCGGAGCGUAACUUUAUUAUAGUUUCUAAUGAAUAUUUAUUUAAAAUAUAUUUUAUUAUAACAUUUA